CGUUGUUACUCUAAGAAAAGUUUUUGUAACCUGACUGAUAAGAGUUUAACGUUUUUGUAUAGUAUAUUAUAACAUUACAAAUUAAAAAAUAAACAAAAACUGAUACUACAGGAUUAAUUGUUGAAAAUGGCCAUGUGUGCGUUACAUUUUCGAAUAUUAUCUUAUCAACGUUUAUGGACCCUUCGUUGAAUAGCUCAAAUGAUUCUGAGUUUCAAACUUGUAUUAACAUUGUACUGCAAAGUGGUUUAUCAGAAACUCAAAAAAAAACAUUUUUAACAACAUUGAAAAAAAUUUUAGUCAACGUGACGACGUAUUCAUUGAAUACAAAAUAUCAAUCUAUUAACACGGAAAGCGAAACAUUUAUAUCAAAAAUAAGAUUAAAUGGAGCUCUCGAUGACCUUUUAAUUGACAGAAUUUUUUCCGCGUGUUAUUUCAUAAAAAAUGAAUCUUUUUGUGAUUCUCAAAAAGGGACAUCAUCACAAUUGAUUUUACAAUCGUCUCAAAAUUUCAUUCUUUCACCUAACGUUUGUUUUGAUCGCUUAUACUCUUUGCAAGCUAUUUUGCAAAAAGCCCUUGAUGAAGCAUUGAAAAACAAAGAAACAAAGCAACUAUGUAUGAACGUCUCGACUCAUCGGGAAAAAUUGAUUAGUUCAAAGAUUGCUGAUUCAUUAGUAUUAGAGUCAAUACGUGAAGAUCAAAAAGAAAAAUUACCAAAAAAAGACAAUUUCUCACGUUUUCAUACUGAACCAAGAAAAAGUUUCAUCUGUCAAAAUCCAGAUUCAAAUAAGGUAAGUAAAAAAAGUCAAUUUUUUUUUUUUUUCAAUCCACAAAAUGCUUUUUUUCCACGCAGAACACUUUUUGUCGUUCAGUCUUUCAUCGUAUUAUGAAAUUUUUUUGUUUUAAAAGAAAAACAUAGGAUUUUUUUCAUUUGUAAC